CACCGAGCUCUAACCUCAAACUAACAGGAUUCUUACCGUAAACACAGUUACUAAUUCCCAUUGUAGCCUUUUUAUUUAUUUAUUUAUUUUUUACCAAGUCUGUAAUUUUGUAAUUAUUUUAUUAAAGCCAAAUGUAAUGAUUUCAUUAUAACCACAGCCUUUACUCUGAAAAUGCGGGUUUGUUGUUUCACUUAGCUUAACCGGAAGUAAGUUUGAAAAUGUUUAACUGUAGAGCAGUCGUUUGGCCUAAAAUUAUAUUAUUUGGAGAUUCCAUAACGCAGUUUUCUUUUCAGCCAAAUGGAUGGGGGGCAGAAAUUGCGAACAAGUUAGCGAGGAAAUGUGAUGUGGUAAACAGAGGGCUGUCCGGUUACAACUCCCGAUGGGCCAAGAUCCUUCUGCCGCGGCUUGUCGGAGCUCAGGACUCCACGGACAGCCCCAUCGUAGCGGUCACAGUUUUCUUUGGGGCCAAUGACGCUGCUUUGAAAGAUAAAAAUAGACAACAGCAUGUACCACUUCAGGAAUAUUCUGAGAAUUUGAAAGAGAUUAUCAAAAUCCUGGCAUCUGUAGGUGUUUCUGCAGACAAAGUCAUCUUCAUCACGCCCCCUCCUAUUCAUGAGCCAGCCUGGGAGAAAGAGUGCAUCAUAAAAGGGUGUGACCUGAACCGAGCAAAUUCAGUGACAGGUCAGUACGCCCAGGCUUGUGUGGAGGCUGCGGGACAGUGUGGUGUGGACGUGCUGGACGUAUGGACGCUGAUGCAGAAGGAUGGACAGGAUUUCACAGAGUACUUGUGUGAUGGGCUGCACCUCUCUCAGAAGGGAAACCAGUUUUUGAGUGAGCAGCUGUGGAGGCUGCUGCAGAGGCGUGUGGAGGACCUGCCCUUCAUCCUUCCUUACUGGGCAGAUGUGGACACUGGAAGUCCAGAGACCAGUCUGCUCUGUGACUGACACUACAAGCAACACCCUCAGACCUGUUGGUGCUUUGUGAUAUAGAAAAUAUAUAGUAUAUGUGCAGACAAUUGUUAACUCAAAACAGUGAAAAUGAAGAAUAAACAUUUAGGUUUUUUUUUA